AUGUUUCAUCCAGAACCCUUUGAAACAAUUUAUUCAAAUAUUUUGAACCGCUAUGUACAAUACUAUUUAAAACCUACCUCUAAGGUGGGAAGUUCAUUCUCUGGGUCACUCGUGCAGACAAACGAAGGGAUGGCACAUAAACAGACACCAAGAGACUUCUUGAAACUCAUAGUCGGGAGACCAGUGGUAGUUAAGCUUAACUCAGGUGCUGAUUACAGAGGCGUUCUAAUUUCUCUAGACGGUUAUAUGAAUGUGGUGUUGGAACAGACCGAAGAAUACGUUGAUGGUCAGUUAAAAAACAAAUACGGUGAUACGUUCAUCCGAGGAAACAACGUUUUUUAUAUUAGCACACAAAAGCGUUGGUGAUGGAUACAAUUUGUACAGGCCUUUCUUAUAUGAAUAAAUCGCGUGCUUAAUUCGCAAAAUAAAUGUGCUUACUCCUGUAUAUUUACGUUUCCUGAAACCAUACUACGAUUCACAAGACGUAGACAACGGAAAGAUAAUAAUUAAUAAAAAAUUUAUUACAUAAAAAGCACAUCUUGAUUAUAAAUACAUCUUUCUGAAAAACAGUUCUAAUUACUCCACGUAAUUAGGAUGCACGACAAUGUAAGGAUCAGCG